AAAACACACUCAUACCCAUACCCAGACCAUCAAAACCGGAAACCAAACCAACCCACGUGAAAAACAAAACAAAAAAACCCCCAUCCCAGAUGCAAGGAAUAAGCAAAGCAAACCCUCCCGAUCCAAAAGAGCCAAGCGGACGACUAGGUAGGUACCUAGGUAAGUGCCGGCGGGCGCGUACGAUUGGAGCAGAAGGCGCGCGGGGCCGGUUUCAGGUCUGGCUGAAGAAUGCAGGCAGGGUGGAUUGCAGGGAUGAUAGGGAGUGUUUAGACCGUGCUGUGGGAUGGUAUUGGGGGUGGGCGGCUACUGCUAGGCUGCUGCUACUUUCUAGACUGUUUCUUGCUUCGUAUGGAGGACUAGUUAGUGUAGUGGGUAGGAGGGAGGGUGGGGUGUUUUUGUGAUAUAUUUUGAUUUGCGUUGGGAUUGUAGGUAUGUGAUAGUACCUUCUACCGACUUGGAUACGUAGGGUAGUUAUUA